CUCAUCCCCUCUUCUUUCCCCUUUCCAAAAUUAGUCGAAUUAAUAGCUAUGAAGUCUUCUCGCAAAAAUAGCUAUUACUCUUCUGUCGGUGUUGGUGCUGGUGCUGGUGUUGGUGUUGGUGCUGCUACGGUUACGUGCUUUGCGGAAAAUGACCAAUCUACCCCGAAGAUUAUUCAAAUUCCAAUUCAGUCCCCGCCGGGAAAUAAUGAACUUCGGAUCGGGAAGGCUGCUGUUAAGAUUCAGUCAGCUUACAGAUCUUACGUAGUUCGAAACCUUGUAAAGAAGAUCUCAGCCGUCAAUUCGGAAGCCAAUUAUUUACAACGUCUCAUCCAACGACAGGACACAGUUGACGCUGUAAGGUCCAGUGAACGAGAGAGAAUCAGGAUGAAUGAGGCACUAAUGAGUCUGCUAUUGAGAUUAGACUCAGUUCCAGGGAUUGAUCCAACAGUCAGGGAGCUGAGGCGAGACCUGAGCCGCCGGAUUGUGGGGCUGCAAGAGAUACUAGAUGCUGUUUCUGACACUAAAAUUCAAAACUGGGAUGGAUUUCUGAUGGAUUGGGAUGAUGUUGUAGAGAGGAUGGAAAUGGAUGUAUGCAAAGAGAGAGGCGGUGGCGAUGAACUGGAGACGUUUUGUGCUGAGCAUUUAGGUUUUCGAUGCCUACAAAGGUUUCUCCGCGAUCAAUGAUCUUAAUAUAUGUUAAUAUGUUAUCUAUAUAUGUAUCUGGAUUGUAAUUUUGUUGUAUAUGACUUCUCUUUCCUUCUUGC